AUGCGCUCGUACGCAGCACAGCUCGUCGACUUCUACUGUGAGGUCGCCGGCGUCACCAAAGACAAGCUACGCAGCUACGUAACUUUCCGCCACCUUGUUAUCCGGAGAACCAGCUCACCGAUGCCGACCUGGAGACAGAAGGUGAAUUGCAUCAUGCUGCGUCGAGCAGUUUCGCAAACCGACCUUUCCUGCGACAUCGAAGUGUUUACGGAUGCAGAUUUCGCAUCUUGCCCGUACAGUGCCAAAAGCACGUCCGGCAUCAUCAUAAUGCUGCGCACUGGUGAAUCUUACUUCCCUGUCCACUGGUUGUCUAGGAAACAAUCAUCAACGGCCAGAAGCACCACGGAAGCAGAGAUGAUCGCGCUUGCCACACCGAUGUUCUCUGAGACCGAGAACCUACAGACCUUCCUCGAGGUUCUGCUUGACGCUGCAGUUUCGGUGUCCUACCAACAAGACAACGAAACGGUGCUCGCGGUCCUCAAGGCAGGCUAUAGCGCAAAACUUCGACACAUGAACCGGGUUCAUCGUGUUAAUGUCGCCUCCGUGUGCGAAAGGUUCGUUAGGCAACAGCGUAGAGACCACACGUUCACGGCAGUAGCUUUGUUCCGCGGUCAACAGACCGAGCUCGACAGCGACAAGUGGAACGAGCCGGACUCGUACAACCUGGCCCAGUGCCCCCAGUACAACCGCAACCUUCCUGGUCGCAUCCUCCACCUUCCAGCCUUGUUCAAGCCUUCCCGCAAGCACUGCACUGUCCCCUGGCGUCACGUGGAUGCUCUGGCGGCUCUUAUUUGUGGUUACCAAUAUUUUUUGAUCUUUAUGUGGUGUGUUGGGAAGUUCGUUGUCGAUGCGGUGAUGCGCAGCCCACGGCGCGACUCAGAGGAUCGGUCUGAGAGUCCCAGCCUUUCGCAGGGGGUCCAAGAAGGCGCAGUUCCUGCACCUGGCGAGACAACUUCUUGGAGCCAGCAAGUCCUGCCAUGUGAAGAUGCGUGGCAGAAGAAGAUCGGUUUACUGAGGUCUGCGGCAGUGGUCGCCAGCCCAGAGCAGGGUCAGCAAGUGGAGACCGAGCGGAUGUUAUCCUUGAUCGAUAUGCCAGUCACCGCUUAUAAAGGAAGCAAUCAAAAGCGGACCGAGGCACAUGACGUGUCAGACCGCCAGAAAGGGAAUCCGCUGGGGGAUUUCCAGCAGCGAGUCUACGAGGCGGGCUUGGUGUGUCUUGCGAGUGGCAUCGUCAUCAACUUCCUGGCUGUGCACUUCUGGUUCCGUCGGAAGUUCCUGGUCUCGAUGCCCUGGUACGAGUAUCACAAGCACGGCCUCGGCCUGCACGUGAUUUUCCUUCUGAUGUAUGCAAAUCCUCAAGCAUGCUUUCUUUUCACAUGCAGGCUGUUUGACGUCGACCUUUUCAAUAUUCAUUUCGGAACUCCGAGCAAAAUGAACGAGGUCUUGUCCCGAAUUGGCAGCUUAUCCUUGCUGAGCGACACGCCAUUGCUCCUGCUGAAGGCACUCGUCUAUUUUCUGGAUGCUACUGGAGUUCAGGCCCCGAAGGUCACCCGGGUUUCGAUGGGCGUGACGGUGAUCCACCUGGCACUGGCUCCGAGCUCUGUCGUGUUCAACCGUUGUGCGGCCGUUCCCAAAGUCAAAGGGCCAGAAACCCACGCCAUGGACCGCCAUGGAGAUCCAUCCUCAGGCAAUGGCCUCCCGGAUGCAGAACUGGGCUGUGAGGAGCCCCUGGAGGAAUUCUUUGAUGCCCUGCAAGAGGAUGUGGAGCGGGCGACGCUGGAGACGUGCCAAAGCAGUGGGUCUUCGUUCGUGACGCCGGUGCUGCGUCCGCGGCCUUCUCCAGGGGACGUGCGAGCUGUGAAAGCUGAGGAUGCUUUGUCGGAGUGGGAGUUGGAGGCCUUGGACGCGCCAGUGAAGGCGCAGCGGGCUCAUCCGGCUCUCAACUGGGGCCGAGUGGUGCAGCCGGUGAUCCUCUGCAAGGACUGCCUCAGAUUCCGCAAUUUGGGCUCCUGA